AACUUUGCUGGUGGAGGUACUGAGACAGAAUGAAUUCUGUUCCGCAUCCACAUAUUUAUUUUGCCUUUGAUUACAAUUUAUGCAAUAUGUACCCCCGCCGGAAGGACGGAAGCACCAAGUCGCUAGGAGGAGGUGUUUGUUGUAUGUUGACUGUGGUCUGUUGCGGCCUCUUGGAGUGGGCCACUUGCAACAAGUAUGUCCGGCCGGCGUUGCAGGUUAUUUGUUCUCGGUUUCAGCAUACCUCGCCGCCGUCAUUUGGUGAAGAUCGAUACAAUUUGCCGUUCGUCAGGAAGAGGAGUUGCGAAGAGUUGUCCCACGCAGCUGUUAUUGCAUUUUUAUAGAGCUGGUGGCAUUAUGGUGGUGGAGUUCGUCUCGUGGCAGAGAAGUCAUCAGUGAGGAUUGUAGCUCGGUCUAUCACCGAGAGAAGCCAGGUGCGCCGCGUCUUGUGGCCAUAGCGUCAGGAUUGGCAGCUUGGGGCCGCCGGUUCGAGAUUUUUUAGAGUCAUCAAGUUGGCAAUUAGAUAAGUAUUAUAUUUUAAAUAUAUAUUUCCCAGCUUGUGUUCCCUUGUUUCAAUAGUUGUAGUCUUGGAAGCUGGAUCUGCGUGCUUGUCAUCAGCAGGAUGGAGCGCCUAUUAGCAUCUGCUACUUUGUCUGUCCGGUUUGUUAUUGUCUAUAUGCUCUUGAUUAA